AUGGCAAAACGAAAGAGAGCAGAGGAGCAUGCUAGAAACGGCAACAGGAAUAGGCACCCGAAAACCGGCAAAAAGUUAAUCAUCAAUGCCUUUGUGGAAAUGUGCAGUGGACAUCAAUCGCCUGGGCUGUGGCGGCAUCCCCAGGACCGUUCUCACGAAUUUGGGAAUGUGGACCAUUGGGUGCAACUUGCAAAACUGCUUGAAGAUGCAAAAAUCCAUGGCGUCUUCAUUGCUGAUGUUCUAGGCGGCUACGAUGUUUAUAAUGGCAAUUUGGAAGCAGCCAUCACCUCUGGCGCCCAAUGGCCAGUGAACGAACCCCUGGCUGUUGUCAGUGCAAUGGCUGCUGCUACGAAGAGCAUAGGGUUUGGCGUAACGGUGUCGACGACAUAUGAGCAACCAUACCAUCUAGCCCGAAGACUAUCAACGGUUGACCAUCUCUCGAACGGACGUUACCUCGACUCGGCGGCGCGAAACAUGGGAAUGACGCAGCAACUCCCGCAUGAGGAGCGUUAUGCACGAGCGGAAGAAUAUGUCAAGGUCAUGUACAAGUUGUUUGAAUCAUCUUGGAGAGAUGAUGCCGUCGUACUGGAUCGAAAAAGAGCCGUGUAUACGGAUCCUGAACGGGUGCGACAGAUCAAUCAUCAAGGAAAAUACUUUACUGUUCCUGGUCCUCAUAUCUGCCAGCCAAGCCCACAGCGCACGCCGCUGAUCCUGCAAGCUGGAGCCUCCAAAUCGGGUAAGCAAUUUGCUGCCCAGCAUGCCGAGGCAAUUUUUGUAUCAGCGCAUGCUCCAGAGGUUUGCGCAAAAAAUAUUGCAGAGAUCCGUGAGCUUGCCUGCUCGCAGUAUGGUCGAGAUGGGAAGAAUAUCAAGGUGCUUGCGCUCGUCACUCCCAUCCUAGGCAAGACCGAAGAGGAGGCACAGGCGAAAUUGGCAGACUAUCGAAAGUACGCCUCGCUUGAGGGUGCGCUUGCCUUGUUCUGCGGUUGGACAGGUAUCGAUCUCGGCAAGUAUGGAGAUGAGGAAGAGCUGCGACAGGUUGAGAGCAACGCGGUUCGAUCAACCGUGGAGGGAUAUGCUCGCUUUUCUCCAGGGACCUCCAAGUGGACGAAGCACACCGUCGCUGAACAUGUAAGCCUAGGGGGCAAUGGACCGAUUUUUGUUGGCACAGCCGCGCAAGUGGCAGAUGGAUUCCAGGCAUGGGUCGAUGAGGCGGAUGUUGAUGGAUUCAACAUUGCGUACACACUUUUCCCACAGUCUUUCAAGGACGUGGCUGAGCUGCUUUUGCCUGAGCUCAGGGCUCGGGGCAUGUUUUGGGAUGAUUACUCGGUGCCAGGCGGGACGUAUCGCGAGAACUUCUAUGAGAAGAAAGGACAAAAGGGACCACUGGGAGAACAUGUCGCAUCCGCAUACCGCUGGAAAGCAGGCAUUGCAGCCAAAGAUCAUGUCAUUCCAGAAUAA